CUCGCGGGACUGUGGGCUGAGGUUUUGGAGCAGUGUCUCGCGUGCGCAGCCCGGGCUGAGAGUGGGAGAUCCCGCACACGGUCAACUAACUGUAAACCGCGCUUUGAAUUGAACCGAUUUGAACUGAAACCUCGCAAGUUUAAAUACGGACGUGCCGAGUGACGUGUGAUUGUACAACGUUGUACAACGUGGGUCAAGAAUUAAGUGUAUAUUGAAGGUUUUCUCCGUUUAAACAUUGGUUCAACGUUCCGCUCGCUGAGCGCAACAACUGCUCCGGCCCCGUUGGAUCACAGGCUGCUAGCGUCCGGAGCUUUUGAAGGACAAUUCCAGGGAAGAGGUACAUUAUAAAAUACUUCGACAUUCCGCUACAGGGGAUUCUUCUUCUUCUUCCAGAAAAGUUGGAGCUGGUGUCCAGGAGCCCUUCUUUGGUUCACUUUAGGUAUGCCUGUGGACAUCGGCUUGUCUUCGGACAGGUAACAAGGUCUUCCACCGUUGCCAUGGCUACUUCAGCCCAGGGGUGGUGGUUGCGUGUCGCGCUUGCCUCCGUCGUGUUGGCGCUGGCGUCUUCUUCAGAAGACUAUGAGCACUUCAAUCCAGGCGUUUGUCGCUAUGCUCUGGGGAUGGAGGAUGGCACCAUCCCUGACUCUGACAUCACCGCCUCCAGCUCCUGGUCGGACUCCACCGAAGCCAAGCAUGGAAGGUUGAGUAAAGGAGAGGGAGACGGCGCCUGGUGUCCAGCAGGAGCCGUCUUCCCUAGUGCCACAGAGUACCUGCAGGUGGAUCUGCACCAGCUCCACUUCCUGGCACUGGUGGGCACGCAGGGUCGCCAUGCCGACGGCCACGGACAGGAGUUUGCUCGGAGCUACCGGCUGCGCUACUCCAGAGACGGCGUCAAGUGGAUCACAUGGCGGGACCGCUCCAGCCAGGAGGUGGUGUCAGGUAAUGAGAACACGUACGAUGUGGUCCUGAAGGACCUCGGCCCCCCCAUCGUGGCCCGCAUGGUGCGCUUCUACCCCCUGGCCGACCGGGUCAUGAGCGUCUGCCUCCGCGUUGAGCUCUACGGCUGCCUGUGGAAUGACGGACUGAAGGCGUACACGGCUCCAGUAGGUCAUGUGAUGCAGCUGUCCGGGAUGCCCGUGUACCUGAACGACUCUACCUAUGAUGGAGGCCUGGAGCAGGGGGUGCAGUUCGGAGGCCUGGGCCAGCUGUGUGACGGGGUGCUGGGGGAGGACGACUUCUGCGAGACGAAGGAGCUGAGGGUGUGGCCGGGCUACGACUACCUGGGCUGGAGCCGCGACAUGCUGGGGCAGGGCGGCGUCGCCAUCGAGUUCCACUUUGAGAAGCCGCGCGUCUUCCACUCCAUGCAGGUGCACAGCAACAACCGUCACACCCAGGGCGUGCGCGUCUUCAACCGGGUGGAGUGCCUCUUCAAGGCCACGCUGCUGAAGAAGUGGAGCUCCCCGGCGCUGGUGCUGGCGGUGCCCCUGGAGGACCUGAAGGACCCCUCGUCGCGGCCCAUCUCCCUGCCGCUGGGCGCGCAGACCGCCCAGAUCCUGAGCUGCACCUUCUUCUUCGCCGACCGCUGGCUCCUCAUCAGCGAGAUCUCCUUCUUCUCCGAGCCGUACGGUGCCGACGCCACGGAGAAGUCUUCCUUCCCGCCCCGCCUCGCUCCUCCUCCUCCCCCAUCUCCCUCAACCACGGCCCCUCCGCCCGUACUCCUCAGCUCCCACGUCCCCACGUCCGGCUACAACGCGUCCAACGCCACCACGGAACCAUCUGACCCCCCCCUGACCACUGGCUUCGGGAUGAACGGAACAGCUAACGGCUCCCUAGCAGGUUCCAACUUUGCUGACAUCACUCCCAGGGCGGGACUUCCCGUGGCCAAGGACGACAGAAGUAACACCGCCAUUCUCAUUGGCUGCCUGGUGGGCAUCAUCCUGCUGCUAUUGGCCGUCAUAGCUGUCAUUCUCUGGAGGCAGUACUGGAAAAAGAUAUUGGGCAAGGCCCAUGGCAGCAUGUCCAGUGAUGACCUGCGCGUUCAUCUGUCAGUGCCCUCCGACCACGUGGUCAUCAACAACACACACAGCUACUCCAGCCGCUACCAGCGCAUCCACACCUUCCCCGAGGAGCGGGAGCGGGAGGGCGAGGGCGAGUACCAGGAGCCCACCGCCCUGCUGCGACCCAGGAACCACCGGGACCGAGACAGCACCGCCUUGCUGUUAAACAACCCAGCCUAUCACCUGCUCCUGUCAGAUCAGAGCGACGCCGCACGGCCCCUGGCCGUCCCGGGCCACUCUCCGGCUCAGGAGAAGAGCCUCAAUGUGCCCCAGGCGUGUGCCAUGGACCGGGACGACCUGGAGAAGGGCUUCCCCCCUGCCCAAGAGGAGCCUCCCCCAUACCCGGGCUCCCCCCCCUACCCCUCCCUGUCUCCCCCCGUGUCUCCGCCGCAGCCCCCCAGCGUGCCCCACUACGCCGAGGCGGACAUCGUCAACCUGCAGGGUGUCAGCGGCAACAACACAUACGCCGUGCCCGCCCUGGCCUCGCCGGGCCCCGGGGCCGACGGCGGGCCCCUGCCCGAGCUGCCCCGCCAGUGCCUCGUCUUCAAGGAGAAGCUCGGCGAGGGACAGUUUGGAGAGGUGCACCUGUGUGAAAUCGAGAGCCCUCAAGAUCUGCCCAACCUGGAGUUCCCCUUCAACGUGAGGAAAGGGCGCCCUCUCCUGGUCGCCGUGAAGAUACUGCGCCCCGAUGCAUCCAAGAACGCCAGGAACGACUUCCUGAAGGAGGUGAAGAUCUUGUCGCGGCUGAAGGAUCCCAACAUCAUCAGUCUGCUGGGCGUGUGUGUGAGCAGCGACCCACUCUGCAUGGUCACAGAGUACAUGGAGUCAGGGGACCUCAACCAGUACCUGUCCCAGCGCGCCCUGCUCGACAAGUCCGGGCCCUCGCACAACGCCCCCACCAUCAGCUACCCGGCCCUCAUCGCCAUGGCGGGCCAGAUCGCGUCGGGGAUGAAGUUUCUGGCGUCGCUGAACUUCGUCCACCGGGACCUGGCCACCCGGAACUGUCUGGUGGGCGGCGAGAAGGGCGAGGGCGGGGACGAGCGUGGCGGGGAGCGCCCCAUCAAGAUCGCAGACUUUGGGAUGAGCAGGAACCUGUACGCCGGGGACUACUACCGCAUCCAGGGCCGCGCGGUGCUGCCCAUCCGCUGGAUGGCCUGGGAGUGCAUACUCAUGGGGAAGUUCACGACAGCCAGCGACGUGUGGGCGUUCGGCGUGACGCUGUGGGAGAUGCUGAGCGUGUGCCAGGAGCAGCCGUACUCCAACCUAACGGACGAGCAGGUGAUCGACAACGCUGGGGAGUUCUUCAGGAACCACGGCAGACAGGUGUAUCUGAACAAGCCGGCCGUGUGUCCCCAGGGUCUCUACGAGCUCAUGUUGAGCUGCUGGAACAGAGACUGCAAGCUGCGCCCCUCGUUCACCCACAUCCACUCCUUCCUCACCGAGGACGCCAUGAACAUGGUGUGAUUGGACGACGCAAUGCGCAAAAGACAUAUAAAUACGGAAAAGAGAGGCAUGGCCUAGUUAAGCCUUUUUCUUUGCUACAGCUGGCGGGUGGCAGUAGGUGUGUGUGUGUGGUGGCAGGAGAUUCAGGCUGAGUACAUCCUGUUUGUACUCUCCUCUGCGUCUGGGGCGGACGGGGCUUUGACACCGCUGGAUCGGUUUUCAUGUCCGGGAAAUGGCCUCCACUCCAUAACCCCCCCCCCUCUUGUUUAUUAGUGUUUCGUUGCUAAUACGCGUUACACGUGUGUGGUGGUGGUGACCGUGUUGUUGGUGGUGGGAGAAACUAACUGGGAGAUGAGCUUUAGCUGGGCUUGUGUGUGACUAAUGCUGAACGCUGCUGUAGGUUUCAUAUCACAUAUUAUGGCAGAGGCUGCGGGGAAGUAGCUCCUAGCCUAGACUCUUAUUUGUUAGGUUGAGUACCAGAUUAACCUUGUGGUAGAUAUACCCGCCGAACCGCUCUGCUUUUAACAUGUUUCGGUUGGUGAAGGGUGGCUGCUGCUGUAGACCUGGGUAUUGAACCUGAUCACAAAGACAGACAGACAGACAGACAGACAGACAGACAGACAGACAGACAGACAGACAGACACUUUAUGAUGCUCUCGUAAAAAAAUGCCCUGACAUGUUUCUUGUCUUGAUAUCUACAUUUAUCUACUUCCUAAGUAAAUCAGUGUAUUAUAUGCCCUGUCCAGUAUGAAGCACUGUCCACUGUCCGGACAGAGAAGGCUCUAGAGCGACCUCCUUAAUACAGUGUAGGACAUGUUUCCACACACAAGGACUAAGAGGGCUCUUUAAAGCCACAUUGAUUUGGUAUCCUUUAGCCAAUAGCCCUUUACUCUAUACAGAGUGCUAUAAAACUCUCAGUCUACCCACUGCUUUAACUGCACCCAAAAAUGGCAGUCGGUCAAACUAUCGGAACAUCAAUGUAGCAGUAUAGCAGACACAGUUCUCUUGUAGGAUUAUGGGAAACACUUAACCACAGCCCCGUCCCCGUCUCCGUCAAAGCACACAAACAUGGAAAGGAUAUAUCUCCGUCGAGCCAUAUGGACUAGAGAAACUAAAACGAGCAGAACGACGAAUACUACUUGCAAACAUGAGAUUGUCACAUCAGACAACAGGAGAAGGGCUUCACGAUGGAGGAAGACAAUGCUGCCCCCUACCGGACACGACAGAACAUAUUCAGACUGUUGCCCGGAUGAAUGCGUGUUAUCGUCUCUGUUAUCUGUCUGUGACCCAGAAACGGGGAUAAAUGUAAAAUUCCAAAAUACCAGCUGCACUUUAGAUCCUGUAUCUCUGGCCAAGAUGAGUAUGUUUCAUCAUUAUUGGUUGUAUAUGUCCAGUCUAUCUGUCAAUAUGAAUGGUAACUCACCCAUGCCUUCAUUUUAGAAUCUUUGCAAUGGGUGAACAUAAUGCAUUGUAAAUGUAUUUUAACCAUUUCAGCCUUUGGUUGUUUUCAAACUAUCUAUACUGAGGUUUUACCACCCCAAAUGGAUGUAAAAAACAUAUUUUGGAAAGUGGGAUUGCACCAUUUAUACUAUUUUGGGAGGAUAAGAUAUGGUCUGUGUUGAGACUGAUUCAUUCAUAUUGUAUCUUUAAUCACAAACACAUGUUUUUUAACUAAACUGGGCUCAUGUAAAAUAAUAUGUCAUUGAUCACAAACACAUUUUAGUUUAAUUUUACUCGCCUCAUUAAAACAAUAGAGAGAGAAUGUUUUGAAUGUUUUAUGAGUAGAAUGAUACUCUGCUAUGAAUGAACCAAAUGUUGGCACAUUACCUGACUGUGGUGACAUCAUCUAUGGCUGUACAAUAGCCAUCUAACUAAACAUGGCAGUAAAGAUUGAGAUUAUCAGCUGAAUCCUGUUUACUUACUUAGUGUGAAUGGUUGGGCCAUUUGAAUACAGUAUCUGAUACACUGUAGCUCAUCUGAGCCUAUAAAUGUUUUUAUAUUUACUGUAUGAAACUCCUCGCUGUUUGUGAUUUUGUCCUUUCUCUCCAAAGCUGAAUUCUAAUGGGUGUGUACAUAUUUUUAGGACAGAAUUAUUUCCUUCAUUAAUAUAUGAAAAUGUUUCUGUUUACUUUGGGGUCUUUGUAGGAAAGCUUGCAACCUUAAUGCCGUUUUAAUUAAUUGUUUUGUCUAUUUUUGUAGAUGUUUAAUAAAUAUUUUCCAAUAAAUUAAAUCCUUGUAUUACAAAUCACAAUUGAAUGCUCACAAAUGUAACAGACACAACUAGGAUCAGCGAUGACAUCAUACUGUAAGCCUAUAUAUUUGGUUGGUUAUAUUCAACUAGCUACAAAAUAGCAGGUAUUGCAGUAAUAAGACUACGAUACUUAAACAUUGCAUACAGCAAUCCAGACGUGAUAAACGAUGGUAAUAGGAUCCACAUAGAAUACACCCGGAAAAUUCUACUGGCCUACCCACAGCAACAGACUGCUGCGAUGGAGACACGACAGCAUUAUGGCGCACACCAAUCCAACGAAGGGGUAAAGGGGUUGGCCUAGAGACGUUACCGAACACACUCCUUAAAUCGCCGCAGGCUACUCCAUGAAAAUAAGGAACGGGUUUACAGUAUGCUGUUUGGUCUAAGGCACGACAAUCGACAACAAUGAAGUUGUAUUCGUGUACAGGGAGAAUACUUCCAGAGGUUUUCACGGUGAUCUGAUAGGGAUAAAUCGGCCAACGGGGCGGAGAGGGGACCCCCGUUCAAAGCCAAAGAGGCCAAGCAACAUUUAAUUCUAAAUUCCUUUCCUGGAAACCAAAAAAUGGAAGAAAGUAAGAAGAAUAUAACCAUUGAACAUUCUAAAAACAUGACACGAGCAAAUAAAAAAAGAAUGUAACAACGUUAAGAGAGC